AUGGUGAACGAGUUGAUGGCGGGAGACUGGUUGAUUGGCGGCGAGCGCGACGGCGAGGGCGUGUCCGGGUUGAACUUUAGCCUACCGGUGGAAGGUGGCGUUGGUGAGCUUGGUGGUGCUGCGAGGGCUGCUGUUGAUGCUGUUGGGACUGUUGUUGUUGUUGCUGGGUCUGCUGCUGCUGCUGUUGUUGCUGUUGAGAUUGGUUCUGGAAGUAAAACUGCCCGGCCCCAGGCUGGAACCGGUAGGGACCAUCUGCCAUUUAACGAGGCAGAUGAGACCGAGGAUGUGUGCUGGCGGGCGGUGGAGGGGGUAGCUGGCGUAGCUGGCGUAGCAGCAGCAGGUGUCCGGACAGAGAGACGGGCGGCGUGGCGGGAGUUCGAGCUUGCGGUCUUCGUCUCUUCAACAUGA